UGGGACUGGGACUCCAGUGAGGAUGCUGUCUAUGGUGAUACUCGGUGUUUUCCUGUCCCUGCUCAUCCUGCUGACAGUGUGUGGUAACGUCCUGGUUUGUCUGGCCGUCUGCGCCACACGACGUCUCCGCUGCCUCACCAACUGUUUCAUCGUCUCCCUCGCCAUCACUGACCUGCUGCUUGGCAUGCUUGUCCUGCCUUUCUCCGCCCUCCUCCAGCUCAGCGAUUGGCCUCUGGGGCCGACCAUCUGCAACAUCUACAUCUCAUUGGAUGUUAUGUUGUGCACCGCCUCCAUCCUCACGCUAUUGGCCAUUAGCCUGGACCGCUACCUGGCCGUGACUGCGCCCCUUAGAUACUCCUCAAUAGUGUUGCCGAGGCGAGUUGCCUUUGCUAUGGCGUUGGUGUGGGCGGUGUCGCUAGCAGUGUCAUUCCUGCCAAUCCACCUGGGAUGGAACACGGUGGACGGCAACGUGCAGAAUCGCGGCCAGGGGGACAACAUGACAGAGUGUAACUUUGAGCUGAACCCAUCGUAUGCUGUCGUGGACUCCUCCUUAACCUUCUACCUCCCCCUGCUGAUCAUGUGCUGGACCUACCACCGUAUUCUUCGCAUUGCUCGGGCGCAGGCCAGGCGCAUCAUCCACGCGCGCCCCAGACUUAACAACAACAACAGCUCCUCGUCAGCCCCUCGUCAACUCACCUCAGUAACAGCGGUGGCUCUACGGGAACACAAAGCCACAGUGACUCUAGCAGCAGUGAUCGGGGUCUUCGUGGUGUGCUGGCUGCCCUACUUCACCCUGUUUACCAUUAUGGGUUUGAAGAAGCAGAACUACCCAGCAGCCUACCCAGUGGUGCAGUGGCUGGGGUACAUCAACUCAGCUCUGAACCCUUUGCUCUACGCUGCCCUCAACAGAGACUUUAGGUCCGCCUACGCCCGCCUGCUGCGCUGUGGUUACUACGGCUACAGCAGGGGGAGGGGCCGGCCACCAUGCCCCAACACAUUCAUGACAGGUGGGGGGAAAGUAUGUGGAGGGGAGGUGGAUCUGCUGUGUGGACACACCUCCUCCUGCAGGGCGGGGCCAAGUGAGACAGGUAUGAUGCUACAGGAAGUCAGCAGAGGAACGGCCACGCUGUCUCCUCAGCACAGCAACGGGGCCGCUGUCGCCAACGGCAACGACAGAUCCUGCUGACCCUGCAUCUAACUGUGAGGAGGACUCAGUGUCCCACCAGUCAUGUACGCUGAGCCCAGCCAGCCUGACCCACACACCUAGCCCAGGGGUCAAUCACAUCACUGACAAGACACAGGGACUAUUUGGCCAUCUCCAGAAAGGAGAGCAGGCUACGAAUGUGAAGGAACUCAUCCAAAAUAUCACAGGCAAUCCAGAACAAGGAUACAGAGGACUUCCAACCAAAAAUGUUUUAUCAUAGUCUAUUUCUAUCCCUUCAACCAAUGAGCAGUGACUGGGGAAAGCCACGAGUCACUUUGUUCUUGAACACUGAUACCUGGAAAGAAAUAUCACGGGAUGGACAGAGAGACAGAAAGACUAAAACUCUCUUCCCAGCUUGGUAGUGGACUCUAACCACUGCUGUUAGUCGUAUGUAGCAGAUACUUUGCCCCCAAUCAAUGGAAUAUGAUACCACAACCUGACAAGGAGACUAGACGCUUAGCAAUUAUUUAAUUUAUAUCAAAAUAAUCAGUCUUCUGAGAGAAAGAAAAAUAAAAAAACAUUCUUUGACAGUGUUUCAUCUUUAUGAGGAAUUUUAUGAUUGUGCAGCUACUGUAUAUGUGUCCUCUAUGAUGUUGAAAUACAUGUAUGUGUGUGUGUACAUGUACUCGACUAAAACAUGUCCCAGAAAGUCUUGGAAUCCAAUAUUUGUCAUUUCUAACCAGGAUGCCAUCUCUGUUCUUGUAAGGUUGUGAAGGUAUGCCCCCUACAUCCAGGGAUGGUACUGAAUGGCGGGGGUGGAGUGGUGCAAUAAAUUGUAUUUACCACAGUAGUCAAGGAUUCUAAUAAUAGUAUAGCAUUUAUUUGCUUUGUGAGCUCUCUCAUGGUAGCCUAAUCAGAACCUUGUACAAAAAGGAUGAAAAAUAAAAGUAAAGUUCUUGAAAAAAAAGGAACAUAACUUGUUUUUUAGGACAAAUUAACAGAGGUUUUUAGUUUGUAAAGAAAUGUGGCGUAUUGCUGGUCUGCACACAUCAACAGCCAGUCGCUUAGGCCCAACCUGCCGGUGUGCUGGUACUAAUAGUUUCUCACAACUGAUGGCUUAUACGAUUGUGGCUAGAUGGAAGUGACUUGACGCAGCAGGUUAUGAGAACUAACGCGGCAGGUUAGGAACAUUAAAAUAGCAGGUUAGGAGAAUUUCAAUAAGGUUAGGAAAAGCUCAAAUGCUACAGUUGUCCCCGACGCGACAACUCGAGUUGUACUCCAUCUACAGACAACCAUAAAAGCCAUCAGUUCCAACAAACCAUCCGUGGCCUACCGCCACACCGGUCUGCACACCGACCUCCUGUCGCUUACAGAAGCAGCAUUGAGCUGGCACUGAAAUACCUUUGAGAAAUACACUGUUUAAGAAUUAGCAGGAAUGCUAGUAGGCUAGUGCUAACCUCAUAGCUAGGUCUACAGAGACAGCUAUACAGUAAGGAUACAUUUACAUAGCAAACAUCUACCCAAAAUAAAAUAGACCAUUCUUGAUUAGAAUAAACUAAGUUAUAUUGAAAAUUCAACCCAGUCUGUAGAAAUAUACGAUAUUUGAAACUAAAAUCAAUGUCAGGCCUACAAAACUCAAGGACAGAAACUGGGCGCUCAAUCAACCUUAAUGACUGUCCCAAGGAGGAGACUUGUGAGUGAGAUGUGUCUACAAACGUUCUGAUGAGGCAGAAACGGUCUUGGAAUCUGAUAUUUGUCAUCUCAUUUCUAACCACAGCAGGCUACAAUCAGUGUUCUCCAUUUCCACAAUCCAUCCGUCGAGUCGACAAAGCACAUGAAUCAUGUCUAAAGAAUGCCUACUGAUAUAGAGGUACGUGAGGGGAAUGGGCAGAUACGAGUGCCUGUUCUCAACUACAAUAUGGAGGUCAGUUUGUGUCUUAGGGCUUUAUUCAAUCAGAUCCGCUUUAGCUAACAUCCGCAUAGCCGUUGUUUUGGUGUGUCAAAGGUGGAACUGCUUUUGAGCUGUCAAAUCCACAAGUGGCUCCCGGCAUUACACCUAAAGUGAACAUUGCCAAUGUUCAUGGAGUUGCAUUAACAGAAAUCCCAUGCAGCCUUGUUUACAAGUUUCAACACCGGAACUUGAGUUGUAAGGUACACCUCAUUAGGAUUUGAGUAAGAGAUGGAUUGAAGCCUGGAUUCAAACCAGGGACCGCUGCGCCACUCAGAAGUCUUAAAGAGGAGGGUAUAGUAUUUUUACAUCUAGUCCAGGGGAGGGUCAUGUCAUUUGUAAUUGAUGAAAUGUUAAUAUGUCUCAGUGUUUUAGAAGGAGUUGCUGAUAAAGCUAUAUAUCGAUGUGUGUUUCUUGCCCAUGAUGUAGGAUUAUUUAUCAGUGUUAUUGACCUCACAAUAGAGUUUAACCGAUUAAUCGGAAUUGCCGAUUAAUUAGGGCCGAUUUCAAGUUUUCAUAACAAUCGGUAAUCGGCAUUUUUGGACACCGAUCAUGGCCGAUUACAUUGCACUCUACGAGGAAACUGCGUGGCAGGCUGACUACCUGUUAUGCGAGUGCAGCAAGGAGCCAAGGUAAGGUGCUAGCUAGCAUUAAACGUAUCUUAUAAAAAACAAUCAAUCUUAACAUAAUCACGAGUUAACUACACAUGGUUGAUGAUAUUACUAGUUCAUCUAGCUGUCCUGCGUUGCAUAUAAUCGAUGCGGUGCCUGUUAAUCAUUGAAUCACAGCCUACUUCGCCAAACGGGUGAUUUAACAAGCGCAUUCGCGAAACAAGCACUGUCGUUGCACCAAUGUGCACCUAGCCAUAAACAUCAACGCCUUUCUUAAAAUCAAUACACAAGUAUAUAUAUUUUAAACCUGCAUAUUUAGUUAAUAUUGCCUGCUAACAGGAAUUUCUUUUAACUAGGUAAAUUGUGUCACUUCUCUUGCGUUCUGUGCAACAGAGUCAGGGUAUAUGCAGCAGUUUGGGCCGCCUGGUUCAUUGCGAACUGUGAAGACUAUUUCUUCCUAACAAAGACAGCCAACUUCGCCAAACGAGGGAUGAUUUAACAAAAGCGCAUUUGCGAAAAAAGCAUAAUCGUUGCACGAAUCAAUGCCUUUCUUAAAAUCAAUACACAGAAGUAUAUAUGUUUAAAUCAGCAUAUUUAGUUAAAAGAAAUUCAUGUUAGCAGGAAAUAUUAAACUAGGGAAAUUGUGUCACUUCUCUUGCGUUCAUUGCACACAGAGUUAGGGUAUAUGCAACAGUUUGGGCUGCCUGGCUCGUUGCGAACUAAUUUGCCAGAAUUUUACGUAAUUAUGACAUAACAUUGAAGGUUGUGCAAUGUAACAGGAAUAUUUAGACGUAUGGAUGCCACCCGUUAGAUAAAAUACGGAACGGUUCCGUAUUUCACUCAAAUAAUAAAUAUUUUAUUUUCGAAAUGAUAGUUUCCGGAUUUGACCAUAUUAAUGACCUAAGGCUCGUAUUUCUGUGUGUUAUUAUGUUAUAAUUAAGUCUAUGAUUUGAUAUUUGAUAGAGCAGUCUGACUGAGCGGUGGUAGGCACCAGCAGGCUCGUAAGCAUUCAUUCAAACAGCACUUUUGUGCGUUUUGCCAGCAGCUCUUCGCAAUGCUUCAAGCAUUGAGCUGUUUAUGACUUCAAGCCUAUCAACUCCCGAGAUUAGGCUUGUGUAACCGAUGUGAAAUGGCUAGCUAGUUAGCGGGGUGCGCGCUAAUAGCGUUACAAACGUCACUCGCUCUGAGACUUGGAGUAGUUGUUCCCCUUGCUCUGCAUGGGUAAUGCUGCUUCGAGGGUGGCUGUUGUCGAUGUGUUCCUGGUUUGAGCCCAGGUAAGGGUGAGGGAAGGGACGGAAGCUAUACUGUUACACUGGCAAUACUAAAGUGCCUAUAAGAACAUCCAAUAGUCAAAGGUAUAUGAAAUACAAAUGGUAUAGAGAGAAAUAGUCCUAUAAUUCCUAUAACAACCUCAACCUAAAACUUCUUACCUGGGAAUAUUGAAGACUCAUGUUAAAAGGAACCACCAGCUUUCAUAUGUUCUCAUGUUCUGAGCGAGGAACUUAAACGUAAGCUUUUUUAUAUGGCACAUAUUGUACUUUUACUUUCUUCUCCAACACUUUGUUUUUGAAUUAUUUAAACCAAACCACAUGUUUCAUUAUUUAUUUGAGGCUAAAUUGAUUUGAUUGAUGUAUUAUAUU